CUUUAUACAGCAUCGUAGCAUGUUUUAGAUUUGAUUGUGUAGUUAACAUUUUAUUUAUUAUUAUAUAUAAUUUUAUGUUUUACUUCGCAAAACGUUUAUAAAGCACUGCAGUAUAAGCUCUUUUAAUAUCGUUGUGGUCGCAAUUUAAUAAUUUGACAUAAUAGUCUUAUUGACUCAAUAAAAUGCUCACGUCACAGCAAUGAAUAUUGUCGCAAUUUACGCUGGUAUUAAAUACAAUUACAGAAUGCCUAUACAGGAGCGAAUAUUUUUUUUCGGUGACCUGAAUGUCUUCAAGAUGAGGUGAUAGCAAAAGCUUUCUUUACUUUAUUACAGAGUUCUUUACUCUCUUACAAAGUGCACUUCUCAUGCACUUUACCGAGCUUGCAGCGCAAUAAUAGCGUGUACCGGAAGAGUAUCGUAUUACAAAAUACGAUACCAUCAGCUUACUAUGUAAUAAUGUAACGUGUGUGUACUGGGGGAAAAUAGUAUUACAAAAUAUCACAUUACAAAAUGUAAAACAUACUACAACGCGACACGGUUUGUUCAACUCUUCUGCGUCGUUCCGCAUCUUUUCCGUUUCCAAUUCAAGUAAUUCGCGUCCGGAAGCUAAAAUGGAUUGGAACGUUGAAUAUCUGUCGCGUCUUACUAUCAUAAAUCAUGUUGUUCACAUCGCGCCGUCAAACGCAAGAGAAUUAGUGCCGAAAUGUUGUAGGUGUUGUCUCUCUCCUUGAUUUUUUUCUUUUUAUAUUUCGGAGUACAAUAAGAUUUAAUCAGCGUUUUCGUCGAGACACCCUGCUUCGUCGUCUGCGCAAUCCACUUUCUUCGGAUAAACGUCGCACAGACGAGAUGGCUCGUAUCAUUAAAUUACGCUUCAGGGGUGUCAGUGUUUACACCGAAGCAACACGUGAAACGGUCCCUCCGCCGCCGUCUUACACUCUCGUUCACCCCACCGCGUCACGGUCCGCCAUCCCCUGCGCGUCGAGUUGGGCCAUCCCCGGAUCCAGCGGAAUGUACAUAAACGACAAGAAGGUGCACGCGUCGAUUGGUCGAACGAACCCGGGUCGAUGGCGUGAGGGGGCACCGGGUUGUUCGCGAAGCUCGUAGUGCCGUUCUGACCAUCGUCGCGGCUGGUUCAUCGUCGUCCUUCCUCCGGCUGUAAGGUCGUCGCGUUCGCUCGCAUGAGAGCCCGUCGAUAUUACAUAUUCGACAACCAAUUUUCGAUCUUCGCGUCGUAAAGAAAUCGUCGUGCGGAAGCGGGUUGAAUCCCGAUUUAAAUAAACAAGUGUGCAGCGAUCGUGGUAAAAAAAAUCGCAAACAGCGAUAUGUAAAGGUGCUCGUCGUCGCGCGUAGGUGUAGCGUAGGAGAUAACGCCAAGGGGUCGUUACACCGAGCAACCCGACCGUCGAAUGGUGCGUGUACACCUAACGAGGGACUAGCUACCAACCGAAAGGAGAGAGUAGUGGCAGCGGUGUAGUGGUAGAACAACAUCGGCGGGUGGUGCUCGAGAGCGAGCGAGCGAGCGCGGGAUUGCCAACGGAUUUGUAGUCGGACCGUGAAUGCGACCGCGCUAACAAACCCCCGAGAUCAACAUCGCCUCGCAACCGGACGAUCUCCGAAUGUCAGCCAUGAGGAGGCAGUUGUGUCCGAGCACGAGCAGCGGAAACAGCGGGGCUGGUGAGCCGCUGAUCGUCGUCGAGGAAAGUAUUCUGGGCGAGGAAGAAGGAGAUCGCUGUCGCGCGGAAUCGCCACCGCGAUGCGAUCCGGACUCGCCAUCCUUAAAUCCUUAUCUGCUUUCGCCAUGGCGAGAGGCUAGGAAGCACUCCUUACCGACUCCGCAGUGUACAUCCGGUAUAACAGCAUCCCAGGUGCGACGAUUAAGCGAACGUGGAGAAAGCUCCGGUUUGUCGGUGAAGGAAGCAGCUUUCUUGGCGACGCUCUCGCAGACUCCGGCACCGCAGUCCGGCGGUCGGCGACACUCCGUUGUCACGAUCUCCAGGGUGCCGACCACUUUGUUCGGCCGCAAUCGUCGGGAAUCUUUCGCCGCGUUUCCCAUGGGAGGCGUCACCAGAGUAUUGCAGAGCCGGCGAAACUCGUCCACCGGGAUGACCGGUCCGCCCAGCAAUAGCGGGAGCACUCACAAUCUGCAGCUCGACAUUAUGGAUGACAUCGCCGACAUCAAGGCCAGAAAAGUUCGUUUAAAAAUGUACAAGACGUCGUCUCACGAACGCGUGUGUGAAAUUGAAUCUCUGGAGGGAAACAGCAGCACCACGCAGAAAUAUACACAGCCCCAAAAACGCCGGUUCUCUGAAUUCUCCGCAUCGAUCACGGCAACGACGUCGGAUCUUCGCAGACGCGCGUCCGAAGUGACGAAGCCACUCUACGAAAUGAAGAUGCCUAGCUCAUCGUCAGCGACGGCGGCGGGCAUCACGUGCUCCAAUACCGACCUAAUAUCCAUUUUGAGUUCCUUGACAUCGUCGGCGACAGAGAUAAAUACAUGCGGUAUAUCGGAUGCGUCAAUCGCCAAAGAUGAGCAGAGGCCAAGUCGAUCAGCGAAAACGACGGAGCAGAGACGCAGUCGACUCACGAACUCACGAUCCAACAGCUUCGACGUGUCCAUCCUGCAGGGUUCCAAGAUCAGGAUUUCGAACAUCGGCGGCAAGAACACCGGUGGCUCACCCAUAACGCCGAGCAAUUGGUUUGCCAAGAGGCAUCAGCCCAUCUCGAAGAAGAACCGAUACGAUGAGGAGAGAGCGACGACGUUCGAUAAGCCCGGGAUGGUGGCCAAAAUCGUGAAGGAUACGGUCACGAAGAACGUGGACACGAAACUCAAAGUUCUUUGGGACGAUAGCACCAAAGUGGACGCUCAGGUGUUCGGUAAUGCCAUCGAGAAGAUUCUCACCUCGGUCCACAAGGGAAGCGACGCGGAAGCGUCGGGCAGUUCACCCGGAAAGCCAUCCGUGUCACCGAACAAGUCGCGCGCCGGUAAGGUGACCAGCUGGUUCUCGAGCGGGAACAAAGAGCAGGAGCAGUCGGAUUGCGACGGAAUCUGUUCGACUCUCAAAGACCUCUUCGUCAAGUAGUGCCGUAUUUCCGAAUCGUUUCUGAUUGCGUCAUCUGUUCGUUUUGUUUUCAAGGUAUAAUAGAUUGACAGUACGACAGUUAUUCAUUGCACUAGCGUUGUUUAUUUAUUUAUUUAUCUGUUUGUCAAUUUAUUUUUAUAUCCAAAAUUAAUUUCUCGCACAAAUACGAAGAGAUUUGUUGUAACAAGAAUGAUUUUCUUGUUUAUCUGCUUGAAUUGAAAAAGGUACGAGAGGGAGAAAAAUCGAAGAAAGGGAUGAAGAGGGAGCACAAAGCCGCGGAAGAUUACGAGUUUGAUCGAGAAUGUAGUCUUUUCCACCUAUUUCUCUUUUUUCCUCUUUUUUUUCCGCAUUUCCUGGCAUGAUAAGACUGCUCAACACCCUCGCGUAAUUAUAAAACACGUCCGAGUGUGUUUGCGAUUUUUUAACAUAUUCGAACUCAGAAAUAUUCAAAUACUAAAAGAAUAAUAAAUCGUCUGAAGGAAAUUACAACAUUUGUAAGGAAUAUUUUCGAUUUUGUGAGACUUGUUUCUAUACGUUUACGGUAUUUUGUUCAAAAAUAAAUGAACAUUAAUGAAUGAUACAAAUAUUGUGAUUUUAAUAUUUGCGAACGUUUAUAUGAUUAAAUACGAUAUAAUUUACGAAGGCUUGUGCUAUAUUUUCUGUUGCAUAAUAUGUAAAUUGUGCAAAUCGUAUUUGCGAAUGCCAUAUGCAUUUAAUUCGAUAUACACACAUAUAUAUCGUAUAUGCAAACUAUUUUCGCUAUUAUCCUCCACUUAUCCUGAUUAUUCUUACUCUCGCAGCUGAUUGCACUCAUAAUGUACCACAAAACAGGACGUGGCAGAUAACGUAGUUAUGCUUUGUCCUUGUUAUCCUGAGCGAAAGCAUAUUCAUGCAUGCAUACAAAGGUGGCAUGUGCGCGUCGUAUAAUUUCUAUUGAUAGUACGAGAAUUGAAAAGAUCGAUUACAAAACUAUUUUCAUAGGGAAUAAUUAUUUUCAAUAGUGCAUCGUUUUUGGUUGCCGCGAUAAUAUUACUUCGGCGCAGAAGAGAUCUUUUUAGAGUAAGAUUACGACGUAACAAAAUAUUCUGCUGUGCAAAGAUAAUAUCAAUAAUCCUGAACGUUAAUCUAUCCUUUGCGGGUCAAAGGGGGCAUGUUAAUUAGAAAGAAUAUAUAAUAUAUUCUACUUAAAAAAAAAAAAAAAAAGAGCACAACAGUGGCGACUGAUCCAAUAAGUUACGCGAAGUGGCACUUUAUCUGUCGUUCUUCCUGUUGUAUUGGUCGACCGCACAAACCGCCACUGAUAUAAAGGUAUACAUGUAUAUGAUAGAUGCAUACGUUUAAUAAUAACAUACGGCAAUUGAUAUACAUUGCUGCGUGUUAAACAGAGAAUAUAAAAAAUAUUCAUGUUGCAACUUCGAGAAUUUUGUGUGUUUCAAAGAUAGAGAUAUUAGGUAUAUAUUACAACAUCCUGC